AUGGUGAUCUAUGCGUGGGCCUUGCUGCUGUUGUCACUGCUUUCACUUCCGGUGCGUGUAUAUGUAAACGUGAGCUCGUGUGCCCGUCAACUGGCUGGGGUGCCCCAGCACUGGCAGACUGCCGACGCAGUUGUCGUUCUGCAUCCACUUGAAGAAGAGCGCUGGAGCCUUUUCCGCAGUGACAAACGACGUCCUCAGGCGCUUCAGAUUGUCGAACCUGGUGCAGCUUCCAUUGCUGUAAACAUCAAAAACUUGAAUUUGUUUCCAGGAGACAAGGUCGUAGUGCGUGAUCCCAACAGAGUCUCGUCGAUCACCAUUACCACUGCAAACGCCAGCGUACUCACUGAGAACGUGGCGUUUGACAAGUCACCUCAUUCGCUGCUGCUGCGGACACACCCGCUCUUGAUACUAGGUGACGCCGUGGUUGUCGAGUAUAUCCCGAGUAUUCCAACACUAAUGCUGCCAUUCGUCGUCAGUCUGCGCGAAAAACCCGUAGUAGUUUUGGACUCGUAUGUGGCCAUUAGCUACAGUCUUGACUUUCGGCUUCCAACAGGAGUUGACACCGAGAGCACGGUAGGAGCUGUCGAUGAAGCCAAAGAAGCCGUUUGCUACCGCAAGACGCAACCCAAAAUGUACUCGAAAGCCCGUGCAGUGGCGCGGUUGAUGAUUCGCAAUGAGCAGGAGCAAGCACCCUAUACGUCUGUGGAAGUAGAAAGCUGGGUAUUCUGCACGGGUUGGCUCGUCGGACGGGGCAAUUACUUGAUCACUAGCCAUCACUGCAUUAAGGACGCGGCCGCAAUCGAGCAAAACGGUAAUCUUGCUCAGCACGAGAAAAAGAAGAAGGCAGCCAGCCCUAAUGUCCUGUCGAAUACUGCCAGCUCAUGGCGCGAUUAUACUUCUUCGCCAGACAGGACCAACCGUAUCGUUGAGGCCGUAGUGGGUUUCAUGGCCGAGACUAAAUGUUGUCGGGAGGUAGGGUUUAUUGAGAAUGUUGGCAUUGUGGAGGCCACGCAAGUAUCUGUGGUCACCGAGAACCCAGAACUAGACUAUGCCCUGCUGCGUGUGCUCACAAAUGACUCGACGGUUGACUUGGCAAGGCGCUACGGGUACUUGCGCCUGCGCGCUACUGGUCCCGUCGAUGGGGAACCAAUAUACAUCCCACAGCAUCCACGGGGUGAGCCUAAGGAGAUUGCUUCAGAGAAAAACGGAAAACCUGCGGUAGUGGAGGUGCUGCCAGCAAAGUCAGUAAGAUUCUCUGCGCUCCUUUCUGACAUCGAGCCGACUGUCUGGUACAAUGCUGACACGGAGCCUGGUUCGUCUGGUUCACCCGUUUUGAGUCGCAAAGAUAAUACUGUCGUGGCACUACAUCGCGCCGGAUCCUCCGAGACUGGGUAUUCAGCGUCUACGGGACUAUUGAAUGCGGGAAUCCGCACAGACUUGAUAGCACGUGACCUUCAGCGACGCUGCGCGUUGCCCCAAGAUGCUUUGGCUACGUGA